CACUGACGUAAAAUUCUAAAAUUAGAAACUUUCUCAAAAAUUUACUGGUGAAUUUGUAACAUUUAUUUUAUUGGAUUCUUUUUGAACAGCCAGAAGGAAGACGUUUGUGUCACAUCUGCCAUGUCAUCGCAUAGAUCAGCAGACGCACUUGUAUAAAAGCGGCAGCGGAUGCGUGACUUAUGUAUAACCAAGCACAACCAGAUACAGGACAACUGUAGGCGGUUGUUUUGUAAACAUCUAGCAGGGGAGCAGUACCAUCUCUGACUGCCAGCUAAUUGCGCUGUUGUGUUUAAAGUGUAGGAUUCAGAAUUAUCAGCUAGACUGAUAAAUAUUUACAUUAUCAGAGCCAAGAAUCUAAUAUUUGAUCUUCAAACCUUCAAAGUCAAGAAUGGCGGAUGAGGACGACCACUUGGACUACCUGUUUAAACUGGUGAUUGUUGGUGACUCAGGUGUCGGCAAAACAAGCUUGCUCUUGCGGUACGUGGACCAGGUAUUUAGCGAGACCUUCAUCAGCACCAUCGGAGUUGACUUCAAGAUUCGAACAGUCGUUAUUAACGGGAAGAGAAUCAAGCUGCAGAUCUGGGACACGGCUGGACAGGAGCGCUUCAAACACAUCGUCUCCACGUUCUAUCGCAACGCCAACAGCGUCAUCCUAGUGUAUGACGUCACUGACUCUGACACGUAUCUGAGUGUGCAGCAUAAGUGGCUCAGUGACGUCAAUAAUUACGCCGGAAACAAGGUGCGAAGAGUGCUGGUCGGCAACAAGUGUGACCUAGCUUCCAGUCGCCAGGUGCCGGUAGAAAGUGGCAAAGCUUUUGCUGAAUCCGUUGGCAUGAUGCACAUCGAAACGAGCGCUAAGACAGCAGAAAACCUCGACAAGCUUUUCGUUGAUCUUGUCGUCGACCUGAUGGAGGUAUUUGAACCCCUCCAGAAUACCCAGACUGAACACGGGGCCAGCUUUCGACCCAAAGCUCUUCCUGAUGGACACCCUGUUCCCUCGGGUGGCAUUUGCAAUUGCUAAGCAUCUAACUGACAAAUACAUGCACUUGCCAGAUGGCACAUGUAUAGUUAUGCUGGCGAACACCACGUAAGGCAGACUUCCACAAUUUCUAGAAGUAUUUGCCAAGUCAGCUGCAUGUGUAAUCCGACUACCGAGAACUUGUAAUAUUCCUAAAUGAUUCACGGGUGCGGAAAUACCCUGGGUCACAGACUUCUCCUGAAAUAACGCUUGACAUCCGGGGCUGGUUAUGAGUGGCGUCCCCGGUAGCGCAAGUGGUAAACGCUCAGUUGCCUCCAGUAACGCAAAUAUCCUAUGGUCCUUAUGCAGAUUUCGUCACGUGAUGUUUGACUUCUCUGUGAUGAAAUCUUUCCAACGGGUUGACCGUCCAGAUACUCUGGUUAAUUCCAUUGUCGCCCAUACUAACCCACCCCCUACAAAAAAGUGCUGAAUCACCAGAAGGUGGAAACACUUUCUGUCAAGUUGUCAAUAAUUCAACCAACAGGAACGUGACAGACUUCUUAGUCGGUUACUCGCACGGAGUUAUAUGUCUUAUGCAUGUUAUAUAUAUAAAACUCUGUGGUGACUCGUGACGAGUACAAUGGUUUGAUCCUCCUCAGACAGUGUCAGUCAUUAUCUGCACUAAUGAUCGACCAGCCAACACUUAUCAUCUUCACUAAUUUGAGGAACUAUUGUCAGGUUGAUCCACGUUAUCUGCACUAAUGUCCGGCUAGUAUUCACUGGAUGAAUUAUGCGUUCCACCCCUUCAGCAUUUUACUGCCAGCUCACUGUCUGGACAAGGAGACAUUUGCUGGCAGAUGUCGAGUCAUUCAUGCAUCCGAACUCUUGUUCUUCUUCUCCAUCUCCUACCAUUUCCUCCCCCAACCCCUCUCUUUCUCUCGCUAUUUCAUUUCUCUCGGCCUGUUUACCCACGGCCUGUAAAUUUGUUUCAUGAUAAUACCAUUAUUUUUAAAGAGACAUUCCUUGUAAUAAAAAUUCCAGGUGCACCCAAACAAGCACUCAUUCAUACAUGCGCGCGUAUGUAUGUAUGACAGAAAAAUUCAUCAGAAUUAAUCCUCUACAUGCAUGUAAAAAUAAUAAAAUAUAUGUAUAUAUAUAUACGUGGUAUAUUAUGUCAUAAAGGAAUCAUUCACAAGUUACAAAAUAAACAGUCUGCUUACAAAUAAGCGUACAGUUAUUAAUGAAGGCAGAAGCCUCGGUACCUAUACACACACAUACGGGUAUGAAGCCACAGAAUGCUUUUUGGAAGUAACAUCAAUAGUUGUCUUUAUUCACACGCUGGCUGUCUGUAAGAUUCUAUUUCGGGAGUGAAUUUUAUGUACCGAUAGUCUGGAACGAGUGAUCUAAUUUUACAACCUACUUUCGCGUAUCUAUUUCUAGAAGCAUUGUGUUGUUCUUUCCUGCUACUGUUUGGGAUAAUAAAAUCUAUUGAAUCAUG